UAACGGCCAGAUCCGCAUACAACAUACCUUCUCCCCUCCGUGAUCACCCUACCGCUGGAUCAGUUCACCGAUCAUAAUACAAACAUUCGGCAUAGCGGACGAUACGUUGGUACGAUCCAUAGUCGACAACAAACGACACACAUAUAUUCAGACUACGCGGGAAACAACAAUACCUAUGAACAUCACUGUCCCAUGGUAGCCUUCCAGGAUUGCCCAUCAUGGUGACGGAGAAAGAACAUUCGUUGCGUUCAAGUAUUCACGUAGCCCCAUUGUCCAUCAACAAGGACAGGUCUCGUGGAGCAAGCAGCGCGUCAAGACACAGGAGGAAUACAUCCUCUAGAAGCAGCAGCCAGACUGGAACAGAAUCGACCAGUGGUCAAUCGCAAAUGACGCCACCAGCGACACCAAAUGGCUCGCAGGAGGACCUCAGCCAACAGAUUGAACUGGCCCAACCCGUCUUCCACAACUUCCUCCGAGCAUUCUAUCCCUUUCAUCCUACCUACGCAGUUUCCGAUACGACAGUGACCCUACCGUUGAACGAAGGCGACGUGGUAUUGGUACACUCGGUCCACACAAAUGGCUGGGCCGAUGGCACACUUCUCAUCUCUGGAGCAAGAGGCUGGCUGCCAACGAAUUACUGUGAAGCAUACGACCCAGAGUCUAUGCGAAAUUUACUAAAAGCUCUAUUGAACUUCUGGGACCUCUUGAGGAGUGGAGUCAUAAGCGACAGCGAAGUCUUUGGUAACCAGGAGUUCAUGCGAGGAAUCAUAGCAGGAGUGCGAUAUCUACUUGAAAAAUCGAACUGCCUGACCCGAGAGUCUCAUCUCAUACAGAGCAAUGAAGGACUACGGAGGAACAGGAAAGCACUUUUGUCUGAUCUGUCUGCUUUGGUGAAAACUGCGAAGAGAUUGCAAGAGUACACAUCUAGUGUACCGCCAUCACACGCUGAUUCGGAUGAAAUUAACAACACUAUUGACGAGAUGAUUCUGAAGGCGUUCAAGAUAGUCACGAGGGGAGUACGGUUUCUCGAUGUCCUGGACGAUGAUCUCAGAACACGACAACAGCAGCCGAUUCACCGAUUAAUGGCAACCGUGGCCGAAGAAGCGUACAAUCCUCCAACACCUCCUGCGGACUCGACGUCGUUUGAUGGAGCACAGCAUGGAGACCCUGCAUAUGAUGCGGCAUCUCGCAGGAGCUCGAGUCGCAGCUCGGGAAGCGGCUUGUCAGGAUCACAACGGCUAGACGAGCAAACAAAACGACAGUCUUACAAACGGAUGGAGACCAAACAUCCCUCCGCCUCUUCAUCCCGGCCUCUAUCCUCACGGCCGUCUUCGGUCCACAUCAAGCGGCAGUCAAUCUCCCAUCGUUUAUCGGCGACCAUACCGGCAGCACAACGACAGAACUUGGUUUCAGAACGACUCAACUCCAGUCAUGAUACCUUCUUGUCGCACCUGGGCUCAUUCAUUGGCCGAUUGCAUCUCCAAUCACAGUCUUCUGCAGAUCUCAUUUCGACAGUACGACAAUCUGUUACAGCAGGUCAAGAUUUGCUUAAGGUUGUUGAGGUGAUUUGUGCCCACGAUAAUCAAAGCGCUGAGGUCCUCGAUGCUGCACGAAACGCCAUGUACGACCGAAUUAAUCAGUUGGUGAUUGCUGCACGGGAGAUCAUCACUUUGUCGGGGAUUGAAGAUGAAGAUGUGGUCAUGCCCCAACAAAAUGGUCGCCUACUCAUGGCUGCAACAAGUUGUGUGAAGGCUGCAGGAGAGUGCGUCGCCAAAACCAAAUUCGUGAUAGAACGAAUCGGAGACUUUGAAUUCGAGCCGCAAAACGAAGGUCUCGGUAUUGAUAUAGCGUCAAUUGGCGCUGUCACGGAGGAAGAAUCCAAACCAUCAGCAGACAUAAUUGAGGACUCACCUCCAGAACCUGCAAGUCGACCACCUCCACCUCCUCUAAUCAUUCCAAGCUACGAGAAACCCCUUCCACAGGUUCCUUUGGCAUCUCCUACUCCCGAGGACAACUUCGCACGAUUAUCACCAACCGCGCUGGAACCCGUGGCAGAGAAUGCUACGGCUGAGCAACAAAUGAUGGACUCCAAGCAAGAAGCUCGCAAAUCCCUCCUACCGCCUCUCCCAAAGAUGACCAGCCCGUUGAUGACUCAAGAGGACUACAGCCCUUCAGAACAUUCAUCGGCUCAUGAUAGCGAGUUCCAAGCCUCUUUCCGUUCUGGCAGCAUCGCGAUAUCAAAUUCUGGAACCAGCAGCACCUACUUGAGCGGCAUGCGCGACUCUGAACAAAGCAUGCUUUCUCAAACAUCAACUCGAGCCACAACUCCCGAUAUCUCCGUAUAUGUACCCAGAACCCAACCGUCAAUUUCAGAAUUGAGCAUGACAGGCUCCCAGUCGACUCUUGCUGAUGAUGCAGAUGAUGGUGAAUCGAAGAUGCUGGAGAAGACAUAUGCGCACGAGCUUAUGCACAAUAAGGAAGGUCAAAUCACUGGAGGUACUCUUCCAGCACUGGUCGAGAGACUUACCACGCAUGACUCGACCCCAGAUUCGAUCUUCGUCUCGACUUUCUACCUCACUUUCAGGUUGUUCGUUACUCCAACCGAGCUUGCCAAAGCCUUGGUUGAUCGAUUUGACUACGUUGGCGAAAGCCCUCACAUCGCUGGUCCCGUAAGACUGCGAGUUUACAAUGUCUUCAAGGGUUGGCUUGAGUCACACUGGAGAGAUCUUUCCGAUCAUGAUGCCUUGUCAAUCAUUCAGCCCUUUGCCACCGAGAAGCUUGGACGAGUACUUCCUGGAGCUGGAAAGAGAUUGUUGGAGUUGUCUCAGAAGGUCUCGUCUACUGACGGUCCCCUUGUUCCUCGUCUAGUAUCCUCCAUGGGCAAGACAUCCACCUCCAUCGCACAAUACAUUCCAGCAGAUACGCCUUUACCACCAACGGGCUUGAGCAAGAGUCAGAUGGGAGCUUUGAAGAACUGGAAGAUGGGCGGAAGCAAUCCUACCAUACUCGAGUUCGAUCCCCUCGAAUUGGCCCGUCAAUUAACGAUCAAGGAGAUGACUAUCUUCUGCUCGAUUAUGCCUGAGGAGCUCCUUGGCUCGGAAUGGACGAAGCGAUCCGGAUCCAACGCGGUCAACGUCAGAGCGAUGUCGACGCUUUCCACAGACCUUUCAAACUUGGUUGCAGAUACUAUCCUUCAGUAUGAUGACGCGAAGAAGCGAGCAGUCAUCAUCAAGCACUGGAUCAAGAUCGCACAUAAGUGCUUGGAGCUCAACAACUACGACUCGUUGAUGGCCAUCAUCUGUUCAUUGAACUCUUCAACCAUCAUUCGUCUGAAGAGAACAUGGGAUAUGGUCUCACAGAAGCGAAAGGACAUGCUCAAGGGUCUGCAAGCCAUUGUCGAGCCCGACAAGAAUUACGCUGUCCUGCGAAGAAGACUCCACGAUCACGUUCCUCCUUGCCUUCCAUUCGUCGGCAUGUACCUGACCGACUUGACCUUUGUUGAUGCCGGCAAUGCUGCCACUCGCCAACUCCCAGGCCUCGGUGACAGCGAUGGAAUGUCAGUGAUCAACUUUGACAAGCAUACCCGAACUGCGAAGAUCAUUGGUGAACUUCAGCGAUUCCAGAUUCCGUACAGACUCGCCGAGAUUGCCGAGAUGCAAGAGUGGCUUCAAGCACAGAUUGUACGCGUCAAGUCUUCUUCGGAGAACGAGAACGUACAACAAUACUACCGCAAGAGUUUACUCCUCGAACCUCGCGAAAACAUGCACCCAAGACCUAGCCCUAUCAACGACCCAACUGGAUUCUCGUCCACACAAAAGGACAAGUUCGAUAUCUUUGCUUGGACACAUUCUCGAGACAGGGGCAACAAUGUCCCUGCUACACCUAUUUAGAAACUCCUCCUUACGGCCGACAACCCUUCACGAUACCCUUUUCAUCCUCUUUCGCCUACACUUUUUUCACACUACUACUGCAUGAUGAUCGAUCGAUUGAUUUGAUACCCACUUGAAUAGCGUUUUAGCGAAUGAUCUUUACAUGGUUUCUGGGUCACAGGCGAACAACGGCGUUUUACGACGG